GUGAGCGUAUGUGAAGGCAAGGUGGAAUCCUCCUUUCCGUUCAUCUUUAUUUUUGUUCUUUUUUUUCUUCUCAGAUCAAUGCAGAAUUUCAGUUCACCGUCUUUUGGCGCAUCACUGGUCCGGCCACCCUGUCGGGCUAACGAACUUCAGUUUCAGCGGUUUACUACUGGGCUGGCAGCUGUUCUUAACCAAUGGACGGCGCUGCAUCUCGUAGCCCAGCACUGCAACCGCAAUGCUCUCUCAACGCUUUAUCAGGAUCUAGUCGAUUGGCAUGAAAAGAACGGUGAAGUGUACUCGGACGAGAUGGAAGACUUCUUCGAGGAGUUCUUCUCCACCGCGCAUUCAGUCUUGAUAGAAGAUGACAGCAUGAAGGAGGUGGCCGAUGUUCUGCAUGACAUGUAUUGCCGCUGCUGCCAAGACGAUUUUUCAAUCGUCGAAAGGUUUGUUCAGCUAGAAGCUACGUACCGGCAGCUCGACCCGGUUGGUAGGUCUGUCAACGCGGGAAUCGGCGCCUUGGACGAUAGCGACUCUGAAUCCGUUUUAGCUGAAGAAGGUGUUCAACAGAACAACGGGGCAAUUCCUGAGUAUGCAAACGAAAACGAAGAGGAGGCACGAGAUGUAGUGCAAGAUGCUGCCGGUAGUAAAAAAUCCAACAAGCGUAGAAAAAAUGCCUACAAAAAGAGUUCUGAUGGGUGGAAUGUCGUACAGUAGUUAAAAGUGUAAAAGUGUUUCUAUUGAAUCGAAACGCGUUCAUGCGUGUGUAAAUGUGUGGUAAAGGGAUAAGGUGAGCUGAAGUUUCCUUAGUAACUUCUUAUCACACGAGAAGAAAAACAACGUAUAAUUACCAUUAAUGGAUAGUAAUAAUUAAAAAAUGUGGUGGUAAUGCCGCAUCUUUUUUCCCCUUUACUAUGGUGAGCGGCGAUAUCAUGAUAGCUGAUUUUGCCUGGAGAAGGGAUAGGAUGCAUACCAUUCACUAAUA